CGAUGGACGUUGCCAGCGGCGCGAGACUUCGCCCAUGUCACCUGAUCCGUCCCGCCCCUGAGAUUCUGCAACCCAAGUGAGUGAUAAGAGUGACGCCACAGAGCCCCUACUGGAGUCCUGGACCGCUUCUUCCUUUGGCAAGUCCAUCCAAAUGAUGGUUUCUUCUUCUUGUUUUUGUUCUUCCGCAAGCUUUACUUUCGUGCAUCAUGCCAACCGCUCAAAUGGCUGUUGCCGUCAUCGUCAUCUUGCUCUCCGGCCUCCGACGUCACCACCAUCCUGCGUCGUCGGGCAUCACCGGAUGCUGCAUUCCUUCUUCACGUUGACAGGCGUCAGCAGAUUGGUGGUGCCUCCCCAUCGCCUUAGAUCGUCGUCUCAAGGGCUUUCAGACGAACUGGUUGAUGGGCCAACUUUUGUUCCAUUGAACGCUGAUGAUCCAAGAUAUGGUCCACCAGCUCUGUUGCUGCUUGGCUUUAAACUUGAAGAAACAGAGAAGAUAAAAAAGCUUCUAGAUGAAUUAGAUGGUGGAUUUCUGAAGAUUAUUCAUUGUACAACUGAGAUGAUAGGUUGCUCCUUGUGGGAAGCAAUAAAUAGAGAACAACCCAUACUAGAGAAUAUCAAGGUGGCAAAGUCUCUCCCGAGAAUAUGCUUUCUGUCAGGAUUAACCGGAGAAGAGAUGAUGAUGUUCAUUGAUGCAUUCCCAGAAACGGGAUUGGAACCUACAUUGUUUGCAGCGCUUGUGCCAAAAAGUGCUAACAAACCACUGGAGGAGUUGAUUGAGGACAUCGUAGGGGACCAUGAAAUGCUGACUGCUAACCAGUCAACUCCACCUUGAGGUUUCCCAAUCAAGAAGUGGCUGGAAAUCGAGUGAAGUUUGUCAUGAAGCUGAUUGACAUGGACUGCCGUUCACAUUUCUUAUAUUGCAAAUGGAUGUAUGUUUACCACCAUAAGCAUUGAGGUUGGGGGGCGGGAGGGGAGGAGAGGAAGAAAAUUCUCAUGACAUACUUUGAAUAAGAUUUAUGUUUUAGCCAUAAAGUUGUAUGAAGCACAAGGAAAGAUAGCACAUGUUACGAGAAUGCAUGGCAUGUUAUGUGGUGUAGUGAAACAUAAAACAGGUUCGGUGGGUCGCCCGAUGAGACAAUCUGUAUUCAAGCCUUGUUUAUGUGCUUUGCUAAUUGCAUUUAUGAGAGGUGAUAUUUAACAUGGUA